AUGGUUGCGUCCCUAUUGAGCCGCAAGGCCUUGUCAUUGGCGGUUGUCUCUCUGCUCGCCUCCUCUGCUGCUGCCGAUGUCUUUGAAAGCUUGUCGUCAGUCCCUCAGGGAUGGAGAUAUUCACGCAAGCCGCGUGCCACUCAGCCAAUGAGAUUGCAGAUCGCUCUAACACAGGGUGAUACUGCCGGCUUCGAAGAGGCCGUUUUGGAUAUGUCUACACCGGAUCAUCCCAGCUAUGGAAAGCACUUCGAGACACAUGAAGAGAUGAAGCGCAUGCUGCAGCCAAGCGCCGAAGCCGCGGACUCGAUCCGUGAUUGGCUUGAGAGUGCCGGUAUCACACAGAUUGAGCAAGAUGCCGAUUGGAUGACUUUCUAUACAAACGUGGAGACUGCGAACCAGCUGCUGGCAGCUAACUUCCAGUACUACAUCAACGGUGCCCAGCGCGUGGAGCGUCUUCGUACCUUGGAGUACUCCGUGCCGGACGAGCUCAUGUCCCAUAUCAACAUGAUCCAGCCCACCACCCGCUUCGGACAGCUCCGCGCCCACCGCGCCACCCUGCACAGUGAAUCCAAGGAGACUGAUGUGGCGUUCCGCGCCAAUGCUCAGUCCGCUACCCCCGACUGCAACAGCGUCAUCACCCCUAAAUGUCUGAAGGACCUGUACAAAAUCGGCGACUACAAGGCCGACCCUAAGAACGGAAACAAGGCUGGCUUCGUCAGCUACCUAGAGCAGUACGCAAGCUACUCUGAUCUCGCUUUGUUCGAAAAGAACAUCUUCCCUGAAGCCGUUGGUCAGAACUUCUCGGUCGUGCAGUACAAUGGAGGAGGCAACGAUCAGCACCCCAAGGGUGACAUUAGCGAGGCCAACCUCGACCUGCAGUACAUUGUCGGAACCAGCUCCCCUGUGCCUGUCACCGAGUUCAGCGUCGGUGGCCGGGGCAUCCUUGUUCCUGAUCUGGACCAGCCCGACCCCAACGACAACAACAAUGAGCCGUACUUGGACUUCCUCCAGAACGUGCUUAAGAUGGAUAAGAAGGAUCUUCCCCAGGUGAUCUCUACCUCCUACGGCGAGGACGAGCAGAGCGUCCCCGAGUCCUACGCCCGUUCCGUGUGCAACAUGUACUCGCAGCUCGGCAGCCGAGGUGUUUCGGUCAUUUUCUCCUCCGGUGACUCCGGUGUCGGUGCAGCCUGCCAAACCAACGAUGGCAAGAACACCACUCACUUCCCUCCCCAGUUCCCCGCCGCCUGCCCCUGGGUGACUUCCGUCGGCGCUACAUCCAAGAUCUCACCUGAGACCGCCGUGGACUUCUCAUCUGGUGGAUUCUCCGAUCUCUGGGACCGUCCCAAGUGGCAGGAGCAUGCUGUCAGUGGCUACCUCGAGAACCUGGGUGACCAGUGGUCUGGUCUGUUCAACGCCAAGGGACGUGCCUUCCCCGAUGUUGCUGCCCAGGGUGAGAACUUCGCCGUGUACGUCAAGGGUUCUCUUAGCAGUGUCAGCGGAACUUCUGCCUCUGCACCCGUCUUCGCGGGUGUCAUUGCUCUUCUCAACGAUGCUCGCGCGAAGAGCAAGCAGUCUCCUAUGGGUUUCCUGAACCCAUGGCUGUACUCCACUGGUCGCGAUGGCCUUAACGAUAUCACCGAGGGUGGCAGCGUUGGUUGCGAUGGAGCCAGCCGCUUCAGCGGACCUAAGAACGGGAGCCCCGUCGUCCCCUAUGCGAGCUGGAACUCCACUGAGGGCUGGGACCCUGUGACUGGUCUCGGUACACCCAACUUCGAGGCUAUGCGCAAGCUCGCCAAUGCGGAGUAG